CCCAAACAUUGACGUCUUCACGACACCAGCACACCUCACAUAUUGCUGCUUGUGCUCGACCACGACUUUGUCCCGAGUAACAUGCGACUCGACUAAAAUCUGCGACACGUAUCGCGAACGCCGCCUGAUCUCAGCACUGCGGUCACUUGCCGUGCGAUCUGUUUGAGGGCCCAGAGUCAUCAACAUAGCCAGCAACAGCGUUCCAGCGUUGCCCAGCCCGCCGACAUGGUCGCGACCUCGCAGCCGCGCGUCCGGCGGACGGCGCAUAAUACGCAAUACACAUAUAACCUCUUGCGCCGCGUCAACGCUGUCCAGACCUAUCCAGUACUCUCCCCGCAAGGCGCCACGAUAUUCCUAUACGCACACGAAGACGGCGUCACAAUCGUAUGGCGAGGCGGGCGGCGGUUCAAGGCCGAGGUGGAGGAGGCAGCCGCCCAUGGCCGCGGCGCCAGCAAGCAGAACGGCAACCCGCCACAGGACGCGGUCAUGAUUCUCGAUAGUGAUGAAGAGGACGAAGCACCGAAUGGCAAGAGCAGCGAUACAUUUGUCGACAGGCCGCAGUUUGAGGAGGUGCUCGACGAAGACGCGCCAUACCAAGAGAUCACGCAGACUCUCGACCUGUCGCUCGGCACGGCUGUGCACCAUAUUGCGACCCUGCCGAUGAGGCCGUGCACCGCGGAGGGCGCGGCGUGGGGCGGCACCAGCAUUCUUAAGGAGAAGAUCGUGUUUGCAGUAUCGUCCGCUAGUCGCGAGGUGUUUCUCAUCACACUCCCCCUGGUACCACCCUCACCGCUGAGCAAGGCCCGGAAGGAGUUUCAGGAGGACCUUCUCGCCGGCAAGGCUGGCAAUGGCAAAUGGGGAGAGACGGUCACUCUGCUCAACGGGCAGGAGAGAGCCAGCCAGGGCCUGGCCUUGAAUCUGGUGCAGAUCUCGGCGUCGUCUGAACGUAGCAAGUCCACCGACAGAUCGCAAUCGACAGCCCAAUCUGGUCCGCGGGUUGUAGUUGCUGCCCACACCAAGGAGGCAGUCGGGACACUACGGCUGUGGGACGUUCCUCUUGAAGGUGCCAACGGGUCCAGAGUCGACCCUUUCCAGGUUGAAUACCUGCCGCGCCCACUGACGUCAGUCUCAUUCAGCCCAUCACAACACUCGCAGCUGUUGUGCAACUUUUCGCCAGACGCGGUCAGAAUCUACGACUACGCACAAGCCUCGAUGCCGCCAGAUGAUCUUUCUGAAGGUCCAUUUCCCUCACAAGGCUCCUGGCUCAUCUCUCUCUACCCGCCUUUCAUACGGCCGACUUCGUCCAGGAAACCCAUUUUGGCUGCCGAGUGGAUCUGCCAUGGUGGUGCCAUUUUUGUCCUUCUCGCCGAUGGCCAGUGGGGUAUUUGGGACGUGAAUGGCCACUCGCCACAGGGUGGUAACCUGGUUGGCAAGACUGGGUCUGGAAUCAAGGGGGAUGCCCUGACAGAGUUCAGCGUCACUGGCUACGUUGAAGGCACAAGUCCAUUGCGAAACCCCGGCGCUCAAAGGACAUCUGCUGGCACUUCCGAGUUUGUGCCCAUGACACCACACACGCGCCGCGAGGCUCUGAAUACAGCAUAUGGCCCGGAGCGCCUGGUCACGGUCAAGGGAGGUGUCUCUGUCAUUCCCUUACCCAGCAGCACCACCACUUCAUCAGACGAGAGCAUUGUCUUGUGGAUCGGCGGAUCGGAGAAUGUCUUCGCGAUUCCGGGGGUCUUGAAGUUUUGGGAAGCCCAAUACCGCAAAGGCUCUUCGGCGGGUGGGAAUCUCUUUGGUGGCGCGCAGCCGACGCGGAUGCUGCGCCUGACCGACCUCGGCGCCGGACUCAUGGGCGAACGCUGCACGGGAGUGACGGGCCUGGUACGGUCCAUCAAGACGGGCGGGCUGAGCGCGACAGGCAACGAGGGCUUGCCCGUCGAAGUCCUCGUCCAGGGUGAGAGCCGGUUGGUCAUCGUGCAAGAGAGCGAGUCGCUGGUUGGCACCAAGAUUGGCGGUGUUGUGGCACGCAGAGCCCGGGCGAGCCUGAAGGCCCGUGACAACAGCGCCAUUGUCGUCUAUCCGCGUCCAGCUCAGCCCAACAGUAUCGAGUACAACCUGUCCUCGAAGCCUAGGAGCGCCUUCUCACGGGGCAGAAUGGGAGGACUAUUUGACAAGCCGAUCGAGGCGUCGGCGACGGCACCAGCCACCAAGAACGGGAUGUCAGGUGUCAGCAGCGGCCUUGCGACGUCUCAGACGCCAAGCAAGCGCGGUGCUGGCGGCUUCUCGUCGCUCCUGGGCGAUCUCGACGCUGCCGCCGAUAACCAGGGCGGCAAUGAUGACGACGAAGACGUGCUCGACGAGGGCGCAAUGGAGCGCGAUCUGGAGCUCGAGAUGCUCGACAUCAUGGAGAUUGACAAGGAGCUGGACGCUCUCGCGGUGGACAGUGUCCGCGGCCGGAAGCGGGUGUUGUUCGAUGCGUAGGCCGCGCCCUUCUGGGGAGGGAGGCGUACCGAGAUCAUAAAAGUGGGAAACAUGUCUACAGUAUAAUACCAGGCCGGAUCUACCAGCGGAUAUUCCGGAGAGUCCAGGACCCCGGGGCCCUGAAUCCGGGACUUACAGGAGGA